UGUUUCAAUAAAAAUAUACAAUUAAUUAGGAAACAAACCAAAUGUCGCAAACAAUACGCUUUACGGCAGGAAGCUGGGGCUGAAACUUCUGCACAAACGAGAAGGGUGGACGGCAAUGCGCUUUGGACUCAACAGUGUAGAGGGACUGAAAAACACAAACUUAAGAACCGUCUUUGUGACAGUAGCGUUGGGUGCAUUGAUGCUCCCGCUGCUGAGAACUGUGGGACUGCGAGCAUUCUCAAUGGCGUCGGAAACAUAUUCGUCUGGCACACAUUCUGCUGCUUUUGUCACCUGUCCUAAUGAGCAGGUGGCCAAAGAUCUGGCCAGAGGCAUGGUGGAGAAGAAACUAGCAGCCUGUGUUAACAUUGUGCCCAAGAUCACAUCCGUGUACGAGUGGCAGGGGAAGAUUGAGGAGGACAGUGAGGUCUUGCUGAUGAUUAAAACCAGAAGUUCGAAAGUUUCAGCCCUGGCAGAAUAUGUAAGGUCGAAUCACCCCUAUGAGGUGGCAGAGGUGAUCAGCCUGCCCAUCGAGCAGGGAAACCCACCUUACCUAAAGUGGCUGGGUGAGACUGUGCCAGAAUAAACGCACCUCUCCCCCAGAACACCCCUUCCCUGGCUGCUACCAUCUUCCAAAUGGCACCGAAUCCAUAUGCAUCAACCAACGAAAAAAAGUCAGUCCGAAAGAAUUGAUCUAAAGUAUUUCCCAUACCUAUUUUGUUCUGUUUGUUUGUACUGAAAUGGAAAUAAAAUUGUUCGAAACAAAG